GCAGAGAAGCUGGCUAGCUUUUUUUUUUUUUUUUUUUUGUCAUCUCUGAACCGUGGAAAACAUGUUCCUUUAUUGGAACAUGCAUCCUGUAUAUCCUAAGGUUGCAAAAGACGCAAGUGCUUAAUUUAAGGUUCCUUGGGCUGUUUUAAGCUGGUGUAAGACUUGCUGCCACCUGGGUGGGCAGCCUCCCCUUGUCCCCAUCGCAGCUGCAGGAGGUGAGCUCCAUCCAGGCUUCUCUUCACGCUCAGGAGAGUUAUUGUAAGUUCCCUGGGCUUUAUAGACUUAGGAUUUAUACGUGGAAAAUUCUUUCCAUUUUGAUUUUCUCUGGCAACAUCUUUUUCUGUGAUCAGGGUGAGUAGACUUGUCACACUCUUUAACAGGCUCCCGCAUCCCAUUCUGUGCACACCGAGUCCUGGUUUUCCUCUCGUGACCUGGAUGCUUCUCAUGCAAGAUGAGUGAACGAUUUCCUCGAGGACCAGUUGCUCCUAACUGCUCUUCUUGCUGCCACUCUUGUCCAUCUUGGUUCUUUUCUCAGCAUCCAGAAUCUUAAAAAUGGAAAUCGAAUUGUGUCACUCACUGCUAAAAACUCUUUUAGGGUCUUCCUCAUGGCUAUCAGGUUCAACACCCAAAUCCCUCAUCUGGCCUUGGAGCCCCUGCUUGGUUCAGCUCUUCUAUCUCUCACACCUCCUCUCCUGCCAGCGUUAGGAUCUUGGCAGACCAAGUUCCUUCUAACAGGGCCAAAGCCUGGUCCCUGCUGCUGUUUUGUGACCUCAGGCCAACAGGUUUCCCCUUUCUGGCUCCAUUUUUCCCAUCUGUAAAAUGAGAAAGUUGGACAAGGUAUGCUUUAUGGUUCUUUGCAACUUUGACCAUCUCUAUUCGUUAUCUGUUGUACUAAUCCCAAACUUAGUGGUUUCAAACAACAAUAAAUAUUUGUAUCUCACAUAAUUUUCUGUAGGUCAGGAAUGGCUACACCCAACUCAGCCAUUCCCAUGGGAAUGGCUGAGUUGGGUGGCUCUGGCUCAGGGUUUCUCAUGAAGAUGUGGUCAAUAUGCAGCUUGGGCUGCAGUCAUCUGGGGCUGGAGGAUCCAGUUCCAAGGUGGUUCACUUGCAUGGAUAGCAAAUUGGUGCUGGGUGUUGGGCCUCCCCAUUAGGCUGCUGGAGUGUCCUCACAACAUGGCAACUGGCCUCCUCUAGAGCAAGUGCUGCAAGAGAGCUCAGGGCAGAGGUCCUGGGGGUCUAGCCUUGGAACUCACACCACUCCGUCAUUUCUGCAGUAAUCCCGUUAGGUUAACAGGUCCGCCCUCUCUGACCUGUGUGUGGCUACACAAGGGCAUGAAUACCAGGUAAUGGGAAUCACAGCGGCCCUCUCAGAGGCUGACUUCCACUGUCAAGUAGUAAAGACAAAACCAACGACGCAUUCUGACAGCUUGGUUCAGCGUUGUUCCUCUAGAUAUGGUUUUAUCUCACAGGGGGCACGCAGCUGGCUUAUGUAGGAUCUCUUCCUGUAAUUGGGGAAAAGGAAGUGAUUCAAGCUGAUGAUGAGCCCACCUUCUCUUUCUUCAGUGGCCCCUACAUGGUCAUGACCAACCUGCUGUGGAACGGGAGCAGGGUCACAGUGAAGGAGCUGCAUCUUCCCACCCACCCGCACUGCCGCAGGCGGCGCCUGGCUGACUUGUUAAUUGCUGAGCAAGAGCACAGCAGCAAGUUGAGACACCCUCACCUGCUACAGCUGAUGGCUGUGUGCCUGUCCCAGGGCCUGCAGAAGACCCGCCUCGUGUACGAGCGCGUCGCCGUCGGCACGCUGUUUGCUGUCCUCCAUGAACGGUCCCCUUUGUUCUGGUGGUUGAUCUCUUGCUUGCAGCGGGCCCAGUUCCCCGUGCUGCACAUGGAGGUGAUUGUGCACCUGCUACUCCAGACCUCCGACGCCCUGAGAUACCUGCAUUCUCGCGGCUUUAUCCACCGUUCCCUCAGCUCCUACGCCAUCCACAUCGUCUCCACAGGGGAAGCGAGGCUGACCAACCUGGAGUACAUGAUGGAAAGCCGGGAUGGAGGUGCACACAAGGACCUGACUCGAGUAUCCCUCCCCACCCAGCUGUACAAUUGGGCCGCCCCGGAGGUGAUCUUACAGAAGGCAGCCACAGUGAAGUCAGACAUCUACAGCUUUUCUGUGAUCAUUCAGGAGAUUUUAACAGACAGCAUACCCUGGGAUGACUUAGAUGGCUCAAUUAUUAAAGAAACCAUAGUCUUGGGAAAUUAUUUAGAAGCUGAUGUCAGGCUUCCGAAACCUUACUAUGACAUUGUUAAGUCAGGCAUCCAGGUCAAGCAGAAAGACCGAACUAUGAACCUUCAAGAUAUCCAAUAUAUUCUGAAAAAUGACUUAAAGGAUUUUAUUGGAGCCCAGAGAACUCAGCCAACUGAGAGUCCCAGGGUGCAGAGAUACGAACUCCAUCCUGAUGUCAGUGUCUGUUUAGGAGUGACUUCAGAACAUCCAUUGCAAAUAAAAGAGCUGAAGGAAACAGCAGGUGGUCAGCUUCAUUCACCAAGGGGUCACUCCGCUCCCAACGAGAAAACACCACCAGAGCCUCCGGUGCCAGACCCAAGUCUGGAGGCCCAGGAGACACAGAACCAAGACGCUGCUUCUCCUGCUUGCUCUGUGGGGGAAGAGGCCAGGAGCCCCAGCCCAGGUCAGGCAAGCCUCUGCAGCUUCGAAAUCAACGAAAUCUACUCAGACUGCCUGGACAUGGUAGAUGACAAAGAGGAAGAGCCCCCAGGAACUGGCUCCUCUCUUGAGGGGCCCAGACAAAACCAGGCAGAUGAACUGAAGUCCAUGGAAGAAGAGUCAGAAAAGAUGGAGAGAGAGGCGUGCUGUUUUUGCCAUGAGGACAACAGCUCUUCAGAAACUGACAUGGAGCUCUCCUUUGAGGACUGGGGCUGGCAGAGUGGUUCAGGUUCACUUAGUUCACCCAGCCUUCCCGAGGCAGCCAGAGGAGCCAAGCGCAGUGUGAGCACCAGGUCCCGGACGGAGGAGUACAUCAGUAAGUGUGUGCUGAAUCUAAAGAUUUCGCAGACCUUAAUGCACCAGAAUGCCAAUUUGCUGAGGAAUACUCAACAGAAAAUAGGUGAGCUUGAGAUGACACGGAAGGAGCAGGAGGAGUGCAGGCCUUUGUGGGCUUCCUCCAGAGAGUUUGCAGACGCCUGUGACUCACCUUCAGCCCUGGGUCCCCCAGCUUCAAGCUAUGUUCCUCCUGCCAUGCAGCUGCCAGGGGACCUGCAGCCGGACACUGAGGGCAACUGCCCGACCCUAGCAAAGUCUCCAAGAACAAUGAGAGACUUUCAAGGAGGACAUUUAGGCAAAAGGUCCAAGAAAAGAAGCAGCUGUGGCUGGACACCUUUCACCCCUUUCCCCCAAGUCACUGAAGAAAACACUAGGGAUCGGUCGGAGAAGGGCCAACAGCUGCCAUCUCUUUGUGGUCCUGGAAAACAGAGCAGAGGUGAACAGUUUCAGCCCACUUACGGAGCCAAGGGCAGUUUGGAAAGAAACAGGAACCAAAAUACCAGCAGCCAGGGAAGGCCUAGAGAGUCCAGUGCCCGAACCAGAACGACACAGCUCAGUGGUGCACUCCUCACUGUGCCAGGCCACCCACAGGGACCACUCACGUCAUCCAGCCCUGGCCGAGGCUCUUCCAGGAUCAGUAUGGAAUCUGUGUCUUCUAAAAUCUAUAACACAAAGUCAAGAAAUAAUGAAGAUGCUGGAGAGAUAUACUUAAAAUGGAAAACGGAGGUGAAAGAAAUGGCAGAGAAAGCAGCUACUGGGCAGCUGGCAGUACCUCCUUGGCAUCCUCAGAGUAGUGUGACUUUAAAAAAUGAGACUGAAAACGGGCCUGAUCCCCUGCUGCAGCCCCCCGUUAGGGUCCCUAAGCAUGUGGAUUGGCGGCAAGCUGUAGAGCAUGCCAAGAAAAAUGAUGAGCCAGGAGGAAAUGGCAAGUAUGACAAAACAGACAGCAGUGACCGCAACAGUGACCAGCAUGGCAGCCAGCCAGGGCCUCGAAGUUUCACCGGUAUCAGGCACCUGCCCCCCAGAAAAAAUGAGCAGCCAGAGCAUAGUGAAGUCUUUCAAGCAAAUUCUGAUGCACCUGUGGUUGUUGAGAAGUCUUACAGCGAUCAGUCCGUGCAAUCAACUUGUUCACCAGAGUCUUCUGAAGACAUAACAGAUGAAUUUUUAACUCCAGACCAUGAAUAUUUUUACUCUUCAACUGCUCAAGAAAACUUGGCUCUAGAGACCUCAAGUCCCAUUGAAGAAGACUUUGAAGGAAUACAACAUGCUUGUGCCGGACCUCAAGCCUCUGGUGAAGAAAAGUUCCAGAUGAGAAAAAACCUUGGAAAGAAUGCUGAAAUUUUGACCAGGUCUCAAUUCCAACCUAUACAAAGUACUGAAGACAAACAAGAGGAGACAUUAAAGGAGUCACCAAAGGAAAUGAAAGAGAAAGACAUAUCAUUGACAGACAUUCAAGACCUGUCUAGUAUCUCCUAUGAACAAGACGGUUCUUUUAAGGAAGUCUCAUGCAAAACACCCAAAACAAACCACGCACCUAUUAGUGUCAGCACUCCGCUCAGCCCAGGGUCAAUUUCUUCAGCUGCUAGUCAGUAUAAGGACUGUCUUGAAAGUAUCACAUUUCAGGUUAAAACAGGGUCUACCUCAUUCUGGAACAGUCAAGAAUCUAUUCAAACUUUGUCUGAUAAAUUUACAACUGUACGAGAGAAAGCAAAGAGCCUAGAUUCCCUUCUUACUUCCUCUGAAACUCUUCCUUCAAGACUGACUAAUCUCAAAAGAUUGCCUGCAUUUACUGGGGCUGGUUCCUCCAGCAUUGCUGAGGCACCUCACACAUCAUCCCGUGCCACUCAGAGGAGGAGCCUGCCAAAAGAACUAGUAGAAGCCAUCUCGCAACAUCACGUUGAUGAGCUGCCACCACCAUCUCAGGAGCUGCUUGACGAAAUCGAGCACCUGAAGCAGCAGCAGGCCUCAUCCACAGUGUUGGAUGAGAACGCAGCAAGUCAUCGGGGCGCCGCUGCAAGUGAUCAAAGGCAUUUAGAAGAACAAGAAACUAACAGUAAUAAAGAAGACAGCAGUAUGCUUUGGACCAAAGAAACUCAGGAUCUAGAAGAGGAUACAGAGAGUGAAAGCAGGAGUUUGAAGAUCCUUUCCCGCUCUAGAGUGCUAUGUAUGCCUCCUUGUCAAGGGAGAAGGGGAAUGAUUGCUGUCUCAAUUCUCUUCACUUGCCCUUGGACAGAGCUCACUCUACGCUCGAUGAGGACCUGGAAAGAUGGCUGCAGCCACCUGAGGACAGCACGGAGCUACAGGGUCCCCCCAGGUGCUCGGCAAGGGAGACAAAUACCAAAGAUCAAGAAGUUGGUGAAGAGAAGAGAAAAGGGGAAGAAAGCAUCAUGCCAGAGAGAAGGAAAUCAGAGAGCUUUUUAGGGACUUCUGAAGAAGGUAUGAAUGGAUGUUCAUUUACAGUGUAGCCUGGAGUCCUUGGGCUUCCAUGAGCAUCAAAGUUAUUUAGAAAUGUUUCCCAAAUGCUACACAUAAUCCUCCUACACUUUCCCCCUGUAGUUCAGCCCAGGUUUUCUGUUAAUUGCCAAUUAUGUCUUUAUCACAAAACAGUAACAACAGCCAAUUCUAUUUCUAAAGCAAGCCUUCAGCCAGGCUCAUAUUGUCUGGAAAGAUGUUUUCCUUCUAAUGUGUCUUCAAAAGAUAAGAAAUCUUAAAUUGUGGAAUUUAAGUGGAGUCUACAAGUAAUGUGAAAAGUACUAACCUUAAUUUCAAAACUGUUUUGAUAGAGCUGUAAGGCGCCAUUCACAAAUGAUGCCCUCCUAUAUUUAAGUUCCUCCUACUCAGGAAGUUAGCGUCAUUAACUCUUUCAGAUCAUCUGGUAUCCCUUUUAUCCCUUCCCCAGUCCAUUCUCAUUCUCCUUUUUCUGCCCUGCUUUGUGCCCCAGGAUGCUGACCCUUGUGAACUGAAUCUGCUGGGCUUCCUGGCCAGCCGGCUUCCUGUUGGUCAAUGGGAGACCCCAGCAGAAGAUCAGAUAAUGGGGAUAUUACUUGCCUUACUGCCUACCUCAGCACCUCAUCUCUGUGUGGAAGUGAUGUCCCUCAACAAACACAGCUUCUAUAGCACAGCCCAUCCUUCCUAGUUCUAGCCCUCACGGGGUUCCAGUAACUGUUCUGCCCCACCUCUCCCCCCCGCCGCACCCCACACCCUUCAGACUUAGUGGUGAUAAUGGCUUCUCACUGCCGCUAGUCGCUGGAUGCUUUGCCAUACCUUGUUUCCUCCCUUAAUUCUGACAACACCUCUGUAAGUAGUCACUUCUUUAAAGGGCCUGGGGGGUGCAUUCUAUUUCCUCCAGGACCCUGACUGGCACAAGGCCCAGAGUGUGUGAGCGUUCAGCUAGUAUUGAACUCACCGAGGACAUAACGCAGGGACUCUGUGAAAUUAGCAUCAUUCGUGUCCAUUGUUAGGACAGGGAGCUGCAGGAUGUUAGGAGUGGAAGCCCAGUAUCUGUGUUUUUAGAAAGAUUCUAUCUCUGUAGAAGAAAACAACUGAUGGAGAGAAAACAGUCCACCCUAAACUAGAGAGAGUACUAAUGUGACUUCUGAAUGCUCUCACCCUUUGACCCAGAAAGUAAUCAAGGUGUUUUUUCUUCCUCCUAUCAACAAGAGGAACUAAAACCCUGUUUUUGGAAGCGACUGGGUUGGUCCGAACCAUCCAGGUAAUGAGAUGUCAGAUAUUUGUAAGUCAAAGUCCACUGUUUAUA